AUGGCCUCCCACCUCCGCCUCCACCUCGCCGCGCCGCCGCCCCCUGCCCUCCGCCAGCAGCACCUCCCCCGCCUCCGCCUGCCGCGCCCGCCCAGACUGCCCCUCCUCAGCCUCCCGUCCCCGGCGGCGCCCUCCUCCCUGCGUCCCCGCGUCCUCUCCCCUGCCCCGGCCCGGGCGAGGGUCGGCGGCGCCGAGGCGGAGGACUCGGACGGCGAGGGGGAUGCUGGUGGCCUCGUCGGGGAGGACUCGGCCGUGUUCCGGCUGGCCGACCAGCGGGUGGCCUCCUGGGCCUACUUCGCCGGGAUACUCUCCGUGGUGCUCUACGGGCUCAACGUGCUCUGGAUCGACCCCGCCACCGGGGUCGGCACCGGGUUCCUCGACGCCGUCGCCGCCCUCUCUGACAGCCCCGAGGUUGUUUUGUUGCUCCUUACCCUCAUCUUUGCUUUAGUCCAUAGUGGCAUGGCAAGCUUACGUGAAACUGGUGAGAAAAUAAUAGGCGAGCGAGCUUACCGCGUGCUGUUUGCUGGAAUAUCACUACCUCUGGCGCUUAGCACUAUUGUCUACUUCAUAAAUCAUCGUUACGGUGGUGUUCAGCUGUGGGAUGUUAAAGGCGUCUCAGGCGUCCAUGAGCUUGUUUGGCUGUCGAAUUUUGUCUCAUUCUUGUUUCUGUAUCCAUCUACUUUCAAUCUUUUAGAAGUGGCAGCUGUGGACAAGCCAAAAUUACACAUGUGGGAAACUGGAAUAAUGCGCAUCACGAGACAUCCACAGUUUGUUGGGCAGGUAAUCUGGUGCCUAGCUCACACGCUAUGGAUCGGCAACUCUGUUGCCGUCGCGGCCUCCGUCGGAUUGAUCGGUCACCAUGCAUUUGGCGUUUGGAACGGCGACAGGAGGCUUGCGUCACGCUACGGCGAAGCCUUUGAUGUCCUGAAGAAGAGGACCAGCGUCGUGCCGUUCGCUGCGAUCAUUGAUGGACGGCAGAAACUGCCUGAUGAUUAUUACAAGGAGUUCAUCCGGUUACCGUACAUCACGAUCGUGGCUCUGACCCUGGGCGCGUACUUUGCGCAUCCGUUGAUGCAGGCGGCCAGCUACCGGCUUCCCUGGUAA